GUUGAUGUGUCUCAUUAUAACAGCCAAUGCAGCCGCCAUCCACGCACAAGCAAAGAAGCAUGUCCCAUUUAAAUACACCCACGCAGCCCCAGCGCCCUUAGCCGAUCAGGGCGCGCAGCCCACACGCACCGCGGCUCCGGGCUUGGAGAUCCGUGCAGGUUGGGCUCCCGGACUAGUGGACCGACGCGCGGAAGAUCGCGUUCAGACGCUGUGGGGCCGGGGUGGGCGGGGGAGGCUGGGCCCCGGGCCUCUGGCUCCACACCCGCAUGAGGACGCGAGUGAAAUAGACCAAGGUGGAAUUUCUAAGGGAGAAGCUUCGGGGUGGUUUUGGUCCAUUUCUCCCGCGAAGAAGUCGACAUGGCGAGCGACUCCCCGGCUCGCAGCCUGGAUGAAAUCGAUCUCUCGGCUUUGAGGGAUCCUGCAGGGAUCUUUGAAUUGGUGGAACUUGUUGGCAAUGGAACAUAUGGACAAGUGUAUAAGGGUCGUCAUGUCAAAACAGGCCAGCUUGCAGCCAUUAAGGUUAUGGAUGUCACAGGGGAUGAAGAGGAAGAAAUCAAACAGGAAAUUAACAUGUUGAAGAAAUAUUCUCAUCACAGGAAUAUUGCUACAUACUAUGGUGCUUUUAUCAAAAAGAACCCACCAGGCAUGGAUGACCAACUUUGGUUGGUGAUGGAGUUUUGUGGCGCUGGCUCUGUCACUGACCUGAUCAAGAACACGAAAGGUAACACAUUGAAGGAGGAGUGGAUCGCAUAUAUCUGCAGGGAGAUUUUACGAGGACUGAGUCACCUGCACCAGCACAAAGUGAUUCAUCGAGAUAUUAAAGGGCAGAAUGUCUUGCUGACUGAAAAUGCAGAAGUUAAACUAGUGGACUUUGGGGUCAGUGCCCAGCUUGAUCGAACAGUGGGCAGGAGGAAUACGUUCAUUGGGACUCCCUACUGGAUGGCACCGGAAGUCAUUGCCUGUGACGAAAACCCAGAUGCCACAUAUGAUUUCAAGAGUGACUUGUGGUCUCUGGGAAUCACCGCUAUUGAGAUGGCAGAAGGUGCUCCCCCUCUGUGUGACAUGCACCCCAUGAGAGCCCUCUUCCUCAUCCCCCGGAACCCCGCGCCUCGGCUGAAGUCUAAGAAGUGGUCAAAAAAAUUCCAGUCCUUUAUUGAGAGCUGCUUGGUAAAGAAUCACAGCCAGAGACCCGCAACAGAACAACUGAUGAAGCAUCCGUUUAUCCGCGAUCAACCUAAUGAACGACAGGUCCGCAUCCAGCUCAAGGACCAUAUUGAUAGAACAAAGAAGAAGCGGGGAGAGAAAGAUGAGACGGAGUAUGAGUACAGCGGGAGCGAGGAGGAAGAGGAGGAGAAUGACUCUGGAGAGCCCAGCUCCAUCCUGAACCUGCCUGGGGAGUCGACGCUGCGCCGGGACUUCCUGAGGCUCCAGCUGGCCAACAAGGAGCGGUCCGAGGCACUCCGGCGACAGCAGCUGGAGCAGCAGCAGCGGGAGAACGAGGAGCACAAGCGGCAGCUGCUGGCCGAGCGCCAGAAGCGCAUUGAGGAGCAGAAGGAGCAGCGGCGGCGGCUGGAAGAGCAACAAAGGCGAGAGAAGGAGCUGCGGAAGCAGCAGGAGAGGGAGCAGCGGCGGCACUAUGAGGAGCAGAUGCGCCGUGAGGAGGAGAGGAGACGCGCGGAGCAUGAGCAGGAAUACAUCAGGCGACAGUUAGAGGAGGAGCAGAGACAGUUAGAGAUCUUGCAGCAGCAGCUACUGCAUGAACAAGCUCUACUUCUGGAAUAUAAGCGCAAACAGUUGGAAGAACAGAGACAAGCAGAAAGACUACAGAGACAGUUAAAGCAAGAGAGAGACUACUUGGUUUCCCUUCAGCAUCAGCGGCAGGAACAGAGACCUGUGGAGAAGAAGCCACUGUACCAUUACAAAGAAGGGAUGAGUCCUAGUGAGAAGCCAGCCUGGGCCAAGGAGGUAGAAGAACGGUCAAGGCUCAACCGACAGAGUUCACCUGCCAUGCCUCACAAGGUUGCCAACAGGAUAUCUGACCCCAACCUGCCCCCGAGGUCAGAGUCCUUCAGCAUCAGUGGGGUCCAGCCUGCUCGGACACCCCCCAUGCUCAGACCAGUCGAUCCCCAGAUUCCACAUCUGGUAGCUGUGAAAUCCCAGGGACCUGCCUUGACCGCCUCCCAGUCGGUGCAUGAGCAGCCCACGAAGGGCCUCUCUGGGUUUCAGGAGGCUCUGAACGUGACCUCUCACCGCGUUGAGAUGCCGCGCCAGAACUCAGACCCCACCUCUGAAAACCCUCCUCUCCCCACUCGGAUUGAAAAGUUUGACCGAAGUUCUUGGUUACGACAGGAAGAAGAUAUUCCACCAAAGGUGCCUCAAAGAACAACUUCUAUAUCCCCAGCAUUAGCGAGAAAGAAUUCUCCUGGAAAUGGCAGUGCUCUGGGACCCAGACUAGGAUCUCAACCCAUCAGAGCAAGCAACCCUGACCUCCGGAGAACCGAGCCUGUCUUGGAGAGCCCUUUGCAGAGGACCAGCAGUGGCAGUUCCUCCAGCUCCAGCACCCCUAGCUCCCAGCCCAGCUCCCAAGGAGGGUCUCAGCCUGGAUCACAAGCAGGAUCCAGUGAACGGACCAGAGUUCGAGCCAACAGUAAGUCAGAAGGAUCACCUGUACUCCCCCAUGAACCUUCCAAGGUGAAACCAGAAGAAUCCAGGGACAUUACCCGACCUAGUCGACCAGCUAGCUAUAAGAAAGCUAUAGAUGAGGAUCUGACGGCAUUAGCCAAAGAAUUAAGAGAACUUCGGAUUGAAGAAACGAACCGCCCACUGAAGAAAGUGACAGAUUACUCCUCUUCGAGCGAGGAGUCAGAAAGCAGUGACGAAGAGGAGGAGGAUGGAGAGAGCGAGACCCAGGACGGGACAGUGGCGGUCAGCGACAUACCCAGACUGAUACCCACAGGAGCUCCCGGGAGCACUGAGCAGUACAACGUGGGGUUGGUGGGCUCACAUGGGCUGGAGACCACUCACGCGGACACGUUCAGCAGCAGUAUUUCACGAGAAGGAACCUUGAUGAUAAGAGAGACGUCUGGAGAGAAGAAGCGAUCUGGCCACAGUGACAGCAAUGGCUUCGCCGGCCACAUCAACCUCCCAGACCUGGUGCAGCAGAGCCAUUCCCCUGCAGGGACCCCCACCGAGGGCCUGGGGCGCGUCUCCACCCACCCCCAGGAGAUGGACGCCGGGACUGAAUAUGGCAUGGGGAGCAGCACCAAAGCCUCUUUCACCCCCUUCGUGGACCCCAGAGUGUACCAGACGUCUCCCACUGAUGAAGAUGAAGAGGAUGAGGAAUCAUCAGCUGCAGCUCUGUUUACUAGCGAACUUCUUAGGCAAGAACAGGCCAAACUAAAUGAAGCAAGAAAGAUUUCAGUGGUAAACGUAAACCCAACCAACAUUCGGCCUCAUAGCGACACACCAGAAAUCAGAAAAUACAAGAAGCGAUUCAACUCAGAAAUACUUUGUGCAGCUCUGUGGGGUGUAAACCUCCUGGUGGGAACCGAAAAUGGCCUGAUGCUUUUGGACCGAAGUGGGCAAGGCAAAGUUUAUAAUCUGAUCAACCGGAGGCGGUUUCAGCAGAUGGAUGUGCUAGAGGGACUGAAUGUCCUCGUGACAAUAUCAGGAAAGAAGAAUAAGCUACGUGUUUACUAUCUUUCAUGGUUAAGAAACAGAAUACUCCACAAUGACCCAGAAGUCGAAAAGAAACAAGGCUGGAUCACGGUUGGGGACUUGGAAGGCUGUAUACAUUACAAAGUUGUUAAAUAUGAAAGGAUCAAAUUCUUGGUGAUUGCCUUAAAGAAUGCUGUGGAGAUAUAUGCUUGGGCUCCUAAACCUUAUCAUAAGUUCAUGGCAUUUAAGUCUUUUGCAGAUCUCCAGCACAAGCCACUGCUUGUUGAUCUCACAGUAGAAGAAGGUCAAAGAUUAAAGGUUAUUUUUGGUUCGCAUACUGGUUUCCAUGUAAUUGAUGUUGAUUCAGGAAACUCUUAUGAUAUCUACAUACCAUCUCAUAUUCAGGGCAAUAUCACUCCUCAUGCCAUUGUCAUCUUGCCUAAAACAGAUGGAAUGGAAAUGCUUGUUUGCUAUGAGGAUGAGGGGGUGUAUGUAAACACCUACGGCCGGAUAACUAAGGAUGUGGUGCUCCAAUGGGGAGAAAUGCCCACGUCUGUGGCCUACAUUCAUUCCAAUCAGAUAAUGGGCUGGGGCGAGAAAGCUAUUGAGAUCCGGUCAGUGGAAACAGGACAUUUGGAUGGAGUAUUUAUGCAUAAGCGAGCUCAAAGGUUAAAGUUUCUAUGUGAAAGAAAUGAUAAGGUAUUUUUUGCAUCCGUGCGAUCUGGAGGAAGUAGCCAAGUGUUUUUCAUGACCCUCAACAGAAAUUCCAUGAUGAACUGGUAACAGAAGAGCACUUGGCACUUAUCUUCAUGGCGUUAUUUCUAAUUUAAAAGAACAUAACUCAUGUGGACUUAUGCCAGUCUAGAGGCAGAAUCAGAAGGCUUGGUUGAACAUACCGCUUUCCCCUUUUCCUCUCCCUCUACCCGUCCCAAUACAGUCCAUCUUUCAAUGUUGCAGCCUGGUUGAGAAGGAGAGAAAAGGGUGGCAGGAAUUUCCAGGAGAUCCCCAAGAAUGCUGCGUUGUCUGUGGACAAAGAUGGACCAUGUACCCUUCGGAGUUAGGGAUAGAAACAAAUAUUGUGUGCUCUUAUGAUUAAGCUGUGUUACGGUGGAUUGUUUUGUUUUGUUACUUUUUUUCUUUACCCCCUUACUUUGUAAGAAUGGGGAGAGAAUGCAUACUGAGAAAAAAUGUCUGUUUUUAAUUCUGUCUGCCUGCUAGGUUUAAGUAUAUGAUAUGUUGUAAAAUUUCCAAUUUCAAGUGGUGAGAGACAGCACAAUAAAUGUACCUUAUCUCUUUACACUGAAGGCUAUAACUGCAUAGUGGGGUGAUUUCAGAACUUCCGCCUUCACCAACCCAAAAGGUUGCUUUUUGAUAGCAACUGCUAAUGAAUUUUUAAAAGAGAAGAAAAAUAGUAGUUUUCCCCUCUUUUGGGAAAUAGAUUUUAAAUGGCUAAACUACUAGCCUUAGACUAAUAAAAUCAGCUACCGUUUGUGGGGACAGGCCCUAUUUGAGUUGGCCCUGUACAAUGGGAUAGUAGUGCCAUUGAGUUGAGUUGGCUCCACUGGAUGAGGGGCUCUCUAAUAAGAUAUUCCCUCAGUGAUUAUGCAACAGUUCAGGGCAAAAGGCGGGAUGACAGAUGGGGUCAAACAGAAAGAGCUUCUGGAAACAAGCUAAAAAUGCAUACAAACACACACACACACAUUUUUUUUUUUUAAUGUGCAAAGCUCCCCACCUAAGAAGUCACUCUGUUCAGGCUUCGUUGGGAGUUAAGCCUGUUGAGUUCUUUUCAGGAAUUGGGAAAUAAAUGACAACCAGGCUCUGGUCAUUCCCAGCUUUCUCCUGAGGGUGCCACUUUCUCCAGAUGAAAACUGUGACUGAAAAAAUAAUAAUAAUAAAUGUUUCUGAGCUGCCUGUGUUCUCUCUGGGUUGGUGAGAGAAGGGACUAGACUACUAAGCCUGCCUGAGACCCAGCAGGCAUCACUGGUUCAGAUUUUAUAGAAGUUGAAAGCAAGGCUUUGGCCAAAAUUCUGAGACCCUAAUCAUUUUACCUUCCUCCAAAUUACCCAACAUACGGUAAACAAUAUUUGUGCAGAGAUAUGUAUGUAUUUAGUUCAGGUUGACUCGUGUCCUUAUAAACUCUUAAACGGAUGAUUCGAACUGUUAUGUGACUGUCUGGGAUUUUUUUUUUCCAAAGCUACAAGCAUGGCCGCCUGUGGUAUCAAGGUGUUGCAAAACAAUAUCUGUGUUGCGCUUCCUGUUUUAACCUACCUCGUUUUGUUUGUUUUGUUUUACUGUUCAUCACAGCAGUGUUAUCUCCAGGAGACAUAUAGAGAGCUCAACUGGCAAUCUCAGGUGAAUUCAAUAAUUUUAAAAUAAAACAGUAGUUGACCAAAUUAUCCUUCUUGAAAAAUUGGAGAAAAGUAAUCAAACAACAACAAAACUAAUGUGGCUUGUUUCUGGAGAAAACAAUUACUGUAAGCAUAUUUUAAAAAUCUAUGAUCCUACUGAUUUUGCCUAAAUCCAUGAGCAGCUGAUGUACUAUUAAUGAGAACGAAAUACACAUUAGGAAAAUGGAGCCAUUUCAGUCUGGUGGUUUGGGCAAGGGGGGACAGGAAAGGGAACAUAUUCUAGUUUCAGAGGUAGAUGAUCCUGCCUCCCAUAAAGGUGAUUGUCAUUUGCAUUUAUUUCAAGCAGGUAACACAGGAAUGGAACUGAGGAUUAUCUUGAGGUGAUCACCAAGAUGUCCUCAUUGUGGUCCCUUUAGCUCUCAAAAGCAAUGAAAUCCUCCUGUUCUCAUUUUUACUGAGAAGGUUCUGCUGCUGAACAAUGCUAUCUUUGCAAAUUCCAUGCAACAAAUUCAGCAAUAACGUUUUGGAUUGAAUUUAACAACUACUGUAAUUGGAUGCUGACAUGGACAAGAUAUAUUGAUUUGGGUUUCAUCCCUGAAUGUGAUUGCCAUCAGCUCUUUAUAUUGCUGCUGUGGUAUUUUAAACCAGAAGCUUCUUUAAAUUAUGUUGCAAACUGAUCUUUGUUUGUAUGUUUGUUUUGUUUUUAUUUCUAAGUGAUAAGUUUGAAACACACAGCUUUAAGUGAUUUUUUUAUUGUGGGAUUUGGGGUACAGUUAAGAAAUAAAAGGGAAUCAUUGUGUUUAAACAUAAGGUAGUUUGUGAAUGUAUUUUUUAAAACCUAGAUUCAUUGGAACAAAAAAACAUAAGAAAACAAUAUUAAUGCAGUCUUGUUUACAGUAUGUACAGUGACAUAACAUAGAACAUGAGCUUUUCUGGUGCCAACAACAAUAAAACACAGACGUUAAACAUCAAGCCAUGCCUUUUAUAUUUUUGUACAGAUAUUUUACACAGAGUACAAGGCAAAACCAAAUUUAAAAGGGCCUCCACAAAUCUGUGCUCCUUAAAAGAUUUCUAAAGAAUUCCUUGUAGCUUUUAUCUCCAAAAAUACGUUUUCCUCCAUCAGGGCAAGCCCUAGCCCUGACGUACUGAGUCCUAGGUCAUGCAGAAUAUUUCGGAAUAGCUGUUCUUAUGGCUCAUAACAGUUCCCAACUUUUUGGUUUGCUUUAAUUCUUUUUUUGGUGGGGGCGUAGGGGUGGUUGUGUUUUUCAUCCAUCUUAAUAUCAUCUUAAAAAUAAAAUGAGCCAGUUCUAGAGAGAAAACCCCUACAGGGAAACUUAAACUAAAACCUGAAGCUAACUAGUUUCAAAAGAUAAAGAAAUUUUUAUUAAGACUUCUACACAAAGAGAAACUGAGCCUUCCCCUAAAGUAAGUUUCACUAGAUCUUUUCAAUCCUUGUUUCUCUAAAUUGAGAAUCAUAGUAAAAUCCACCAUGGCUGCCCAGACCAUUGUCAUGGGCCAGUGUCUUUUGGGUGACCGUCAUUGCUGGGUGGUAGUCGGGGACACUGCACCAAGGCUUCCUCUAUGCAGUGGGUGGUGAGAACAGAUAGCCUUUAAAUGGUGAGUGUCCCCCGCCCCAUGCCAGUGACAUUCAGACCACUGUCCUUGCAUACAGUGUAAGUGAUGGACAGCUUGCCCUAGGUUCCACAUAGAAUCUAAUGACUCUAGAUAGAUCUCAUUUUCCUUGAAGACUUCCAAACAGUGCUUCAAGAAGACAUAGAGUUAUUUCAACAGCACAGUUUAAGACACAGGUGACAUCCCACAAGGCCACUCAAACAGGGACUCCAUUUUUCUAACACUUUGACAUUGCUUUCCAAGAUACACUUACAUACAUCGCAUGGAGUACACAUUUCCUGAAAGCAUCUUAAUUCCUGGUUAGAUCUACUAACAGUUUUCUGUCUGCUAUUGUGACUUAUCAGUAAUUGGUGUCUCUGGUCCCUCCUGUGCAGUAGAUUAGAAAGAGAUGUGAAAUGCAAGCCAGAGCCAUUUUGGUUUUGUCCAUUGCCAGAUGAGGAAGUGGCUGAAGUCUGACCUCACAUUCCAUGAAGUUAAAAACAAAAAUGUUUUUCCCUACUAGUAUGUGUCCCAGUUCACGUCACUGUAUUCUUGAAAUGUUAAAGAGCUCUUUGUGUCAAUAGUGCGUGCUGUCUUUGAAAGUCUGCUUGAACAGGCAUCACUUGGCAUUUGUGCUGAUUGCUUUAAGAGAUAAGAUGUGCUACAUUAUUUUUAAGAAAGAAGAUAGAGCUACUGCUCAAACUUUUUCAGCCCUCUGGAGGAAAAGAGAAUAUCCACAACAUGCUGAUGGCAAUUCUGAAUGACCCUGCCACGCUCCCAGUAUUUACAUGUCUCCUGAUUCUAUGUUCUGACCAUCUCAGUGGUUUCUGUGAAUUGUUAUUUACCUUUUAGUUCAUUCCUAAAGACUUUAAGUUUAGCCAAAUCAAAGAAUAAUAAACAAACUCAAAAAUGGCCUCCCCUGAGACUACAUAGUUACAACAUAAAAUCCAAAAGUCUCCAUUUGAUUUCAUUUACCUGACAAUAUUUCUCAUAAAUACCAUUACAUGUUGGCCUUGAUGUGCUGCUGUCCUUUUAUGGGUCUCAAAAUGGAUAUAAACUGAUCUUUCCAAAGCCCUGACAUAAAAGGAAGCCUCCUGAGAAUGUGUUAAGUUCAAAACUGACAGUUUGUACAUUUCUACCAAACAUUUUCUAGUGUUGUUUGAUUUCCACACUGUAUCAUUGUUCUUGGAUUUUUUUCCCAUAGGCAACUAGAAUAUUCAAAAUUUUGCAUAGCAUUAAACUGUAUGAAGCCAUAACUCUCUGCUUUGAACUUUAUUCUCCUAAGGCUGCCAUUCCAGAAAGUGCCAGAAUGCACCAAAAUAAGAAUCCUCAUAAAAGCGUUUUAAGACAAAAAUCCCUGGAUACGUUUUGAGUUAUUUUAAAUUUAGAUCAAAAUCUUGGACUCUGUGUCCAUGAUGCCAAACAUUUGGAUGCAGACUGGAAGAUACAAUUUAAAAUAGAAAUGAUCUGAAGUUUUAGGAUUUUUGGCUUUGUGCAGAUAGCUUCAAACUAACUCAAUUCCUUAUACAAUAAGGUCUGGUUUUGAUGGUUUGCUCUUACCACACUGAGAUGCAUUGCACAGUUGAAUCUGGGCAAAUACUGGAAUAAAGGUGUGCUUUCAUUUCCACCAGUAGAUUAUUGUUUGUCUAUAGCAAACAUCUAUGCCCCAGUUGCCCCUUCCUCCUAUCUCUCCCUUGGGGGUAGUGUUAAGGAAUUCCAUAUGAUGGUUUAUUUUAAACCUCAGACAUCACUCUGAAUCAGAAUUUCAGAUGUUAGGUGACAGUAAGAAAUAAAUCUACAGCAGGAGAAGAAAAAAAGAUGACAGCUUGGAUGAAUUUUUAAAUUGGGUGUUGUGAAACUAUUUUUGUGCGUUUUAGCUGUCUUAUUUACAAUGUUAACAUAACUGUAGAAAUGCCAAAUUUAUAAUAUGAGAAAGGACAACUAUCAUUUUGCUAUGCCUACAAGUGUUUACAUUGUUUAAAUUUCCAGUUUUCUAAAGUGUUUUAAAUUGUCAAAAUGUGCUGAAACUGGAUAAGUCUCACCUGUGUCAAGAUAUAAGGGAAGGAAAUCUUGGCAUAUUUUCUAGUCUGAACCUUUUGGUUACUUUCAAGUAUCUUUUUUCCCUGCAUACAAAAGGCCUUCAGUUACUGUUUUCUAAGAUUGUUCCAAGCAGUAGUUAGAAAUGAUUUGGUACAUUCUAAGCCGAGAUUUUCCCAUACUGUGACUGCCAUGCCUUGGAAUAUACGAUUUUAUGUUAUCUCUAUCAAAAUGUGAAUAAUAAAAUAUUGAUAGUA